UUUACCAUUGUGACGCUUUCGUCAAAGUUUUCAGUUUGGCAGCUAAAAUCACUAAAGUUAGCUGAUCAAGUCAAUAUACUCAGCUCUGAAUUUUUUAAAAAUCUAUGCGGAGAAAAAUAAAUUUAUUAGAUUUCGCAUAUUUUUUUUUCAAACAAAUGAAGAUGUUGGCAGUAAUAGCGCUGGUUUGUGUUGUUUCUGUGUCAAUCGAUGCUGCCGGUGACCAGAGAAACUUGAACAGCUCACAGCCGCUGAGUGAUGAUAUUUGUCAAGCGGCUUCACAGAUGGGACCCGCUCUAUCGGAUUGUACAGCUCAGGAUUGCGUAAACGGUUUGUGUGUUCUGCGACAUGACGGUUCCCUGACAUGCGAAUGCUACGAUUCAUGGACAGGACCUUAUUGCACUUAUUGGUGUCCUUGUCUCGAUUUUGAAUGUGGCAAUGGGACAUGCGUUUGGGAUAACACUGAGGAACAAACCAAAUGUGAAUGUGAUUUGGGCUUCACUGGAAAGUACUGUGACCAAUCCUCGGGCUGCGAUUUCCAUUCUUGUCACCACGGAGUUUGUCAAAUUAACGGAGAGGAAUCGACCAGCUGUAGUUGCGAGCAAGGCUGGGCUGGUGAAUUUUGCGAUGAGUCCGCUCUGUGCUCAGUUUUGGAUUGUGAAAAUGGGUAUUGCUUGUGGGACGAAGACAAUGUUGCCCUCACUAAAUGUCAAUGUGAUUGUGGUUUCUACGGAAUACGAUGUGAACUAAUCAGUUCAACAACAACUGCAGCUCCAACUACAACCGAGCUACCUACUACAAUUCCGACCACAACUACAACCGAGCUACCUAGUUCUACAACAACUGUACCAUCAACUACAACGCCUAACGUCCCUCAAUCGAUAAUUUUUCAAAGACGGACGAUUUAUGAUGUAGAUUUCAAUGAUCAAUUGUUUGCCGCAUAUGAGAAUGGAUUUGGAGAUGUGAAUGAUGAAAAAGGUGGCGAUCUCUGGCUUGGUCUGGCAAAGAUGAGUCAACUAACUUCAACUGGAAAUUGGCAUUUGAAAGUCAUGUUCACGGAUUUCGAUAACAACUCAUGGUGGUGCGAAUAUUCAGGUUUCAAGAUCCUAGCUGGUUCGAAUUACAACUUGAAAUUCACUGGUUGGGUUGACGGGAACUACGACAGUGAUUAUGGGACUAACUUGGGAUUGGACUAUCAACGCAACAUGGCAUUCUCUACGUCUGAUCACGAUAACGAUCUGUGGAGUGAUAAUUGUGCAGCUGCAUACGGUGGUGGAUGGUGGCAUAGAAGUUGUUUUUAUUUAAAUCUGAAUAACGCUCAAGCUAACUCUCAGAGUAACGGCGAUACUUCUCAGAUGAGCGGCCAAAUUUCUGUCAAUGGUUCUCUUACCCGUUGGUUUUCCGUGCGCACGAGUGAGAUGAUCAUGAUAAAAAUGGAUUGAGCAAACUACCCAUCAAUCACUUCAGGUUAUGAUGCACGGAGCCAGAAAGUUUUCCUUGCAGUCAACAACUCAAAAAAUGAAUUCAACAACAAAGCUGCAACUUUUCCGUGUAAAUUACCGUGUUUGAGGCUCUAAAUUGGUGUUUAUAUAUUCAUAAUGGUUUCCAAUAGUCUUCAAGGAUCAUAAAUUUCAAGACAGUACUAAUCUAUCACUGUGGCUUUUAGCUUCUAUCUAAGCAACUGGUUAACUUAA